AUGGUUUCGUUGAUCGACCGAUUUCCUCUCGAAAUUACUGAACUCAUUGUGGAAUCUCUUGCCCCCCCACGGUACAUACCAUACACGGAUUCAGACGACGAGGACAGUGAGAACGAACCCGAGGACGCAAUCGCCCAAUACAAGGGGCUCAAAGCUUUGGCUCUGACCUGCCAUACACUUCUGCACAUCUGCCGAAAACAUUUAUUCUUUUCUGUUGGGUUACAUUCUGAUAAAGAGUUUACACGAUUUGUUCAAAUUAUCGCUCGCUCGCCAGCACUAGCUCAAUUCAUCCGUUGCUUAUACUAUUGGCCAAAAGCGUCGGUCUCCGCAUUGCCUUCAUUGGUAGAGGCACUACAGAGUCUCACACAAUUGAAGUAUUUGACCCUCAAUGGCGGAGAUCUGCUUUCCAUACCCAAUUCGCUACGGGACGCUAUUCUCCAUCUUACACACCUUCCAACAAUCGAAUACUUGGGCUUGUCUGACGUGGAAAACAUAAUACCUCAUCUGCUGGUCUCAUGCAGUAAUGUAAAACACCUUCUCGUUUCUUCCAGAGGCUUCUCGCGAUUUUUAGGGGAUGAUUUGCCGACAAUCAUAACAAAACCAACACAACCAAGAACAAUAUUUAUCGACGAUUUCGGAAGCGAGGUUUUGUUGUCUAUGCUAAAGGCCCGAGAUAGUCGAGGAACUUCGAUGAUGAACUUCGAUAAUUUACGAAGAUGUACUGUCUUCACCUUUAACGAGGAGCCAAGUCAUCUUCGUUCUGAACUCUAUGGUCUGAUAAGUUAUGUAACUUGUUUGGAAGAUUUAGAAGUCUGCGGUAGCCCGGAAUCGCUUGUUUCGGAUGCCCUUUACGCAAUCGCAUCCAAUACUAAAGCCUUGAAAAUUCUGAAGGUGGAAGCUCGUAUUCGUGAUGACCCCUUGACAGCCAUCUGCGCUGCUUUGGGAAAUAUAGCGGGCCGAAAUCCUAUCGAGACACUGACAGUGGAAAUUAUUGACUGUGAUCAUAUUGUUUGUUGCAACAACGUUGCGUUAGACGGAGGAUAUAAACUUCUUGAAAACGUUCUUCUUCAGCCUGGAUGGAAGCAUUUGCAAUACUUCAAACUCCGUUUUACGAUAUGGCCACGGACCACGGACCGCCACGGCUCCUCAAAUCUACCCCGAUCAAUGAAGCAAGAGCUUGCAAGCAGAAUUAAAGGCCAGAUCGAACCGAACUUUCAGAGAUUAGCCACGAAGAAAUCAUUUAAAUUUGAAUAUAGAAUUCGAGAUUACCAGCGUUACCUAUGGUGA